CCUCAUCAACGCUUCUUGCAAAGGUUUACCAUCGAAAUGUAAUUAUGGCGCAUGUUUUUUAGCAUGAUUCCGUUCUCGAAUGCUCCAAUUAAUGGGUUGCCAAAGUACUUGGAGUACUUAUUUGUGCGGCACCACCCCCUUUUCGGGCAGCUAUGUCCCUGCAAAUUUCAGAACCUUGUGUGCAAUUAGCUUGAUCAACGGCGAUUAUCGUCCUCUCCGCCUGUUAGACCGAAGCUAUUUUUUGUUAAGGGUACAACUAUUCCGCCAUCCGGGAAACUUGCUGCCAUGUUUGCCGUUACUACACCCCACACCCCCAGUGGGACGCCUUUAAGUUAUAUUAGCCAGCCUCCAAGUGGUACUAUGCUUCACCUGCUCUGAUCCGUAAUCAGAUUACUCUCGUGUUGCAUUCCCCUGCACCUAUUAUUCGACCGCCCACACUCCGUCACACUCCACGCUCACCAAGUGCGUUUUGAACGCUCCACAAUGUCAUCAACUGGCGGCAAGACAAGCCUCCGUCACGGUAGUCCCGAUUCUCCAUGGCCAGUGUCACCGAGUCAAAGUACAGAAGACAUUUUUCGGACGAUCAUGAAGAUCAGAAAAGGCUGGAAAACUUUGAAGGGUAAUACCGAACCUGUAUGGCCACCUCAUCUCGAGGCCAUCAUGCUGAAAGGCCUUCAAGAAUAUGGACCCGUUCACUCCCGGGAAGCACAUAUAUUAAGCCGAUUCCCUCAGCGCAAUCAGUUCAUCUCGGAUUACAUUUACCGCAAGACUGGAAAGCAUAGAUCAUCAAAACAAAUAGGCAGUCGCCUACAACAGUUCAAGGACACAUUAGAGGGUCGGGAAUUGAUCGAUUCUUUGCAAUGUCGGAGUGAAGUCGACUCGUCACGGAGGUUUUUUCUUCAUAGCCAUGGUUUCGAGGGUGAAUCCAAUCAUUUCCCUUCUCCUCCAUCUUUAUAUUCCAACUCUUCGACGUCGAGCAACGACAGCUCAUCCACCUGCUCAUCCACCGGCUCGCCCAUAUCUACUGGACAAUACCGUGACAUGUCAUCGUCUAAACGAAACCACCUUCCUGACACGCGUACCCCAGUAUACAUUGACAUUUUGCCAGAGUCUAGCUCAUUCUCGAGCUCAUCCUCGUCACGCUCGCGUGCACCAUUUUCUUCUCCAUAUCUUCAAGGUGUCACUGCACACACCUCCUCGGACACACCACGUCCCAUAAGAGACAUUGAUUCUACCGUAACCUUUGUUUCGCCCUCUGCCGUCAUUGGCAAGUCAUCCUAUAUAGUGUUAUUGGAUGGUGCACCCAUACACAACGAGGACACGAAACUUGAAUGUGUCGGACCAUAUUUUACCGGUUCUUCUGGUGAUGGACCAUUGCUGUAUAGCACAGCUCUAGUUCCCAAGUACUGGGAGACCCUGUGCAAAUCUCCAGAUCCUACCGUAUACACCAUCAUUCAGGAUGUGUACCGUACUCUGGACCCAGGAAUUCCUGCAAGGUCCUCAGGUCGCCCGCGCCCAGUUCCUAUCUUCUCUGCUACAUACCACUUCCGAUAUUCUGUCGCACCGAUAUCUUCCAUGUCACCACACUUCACAUAUCAAGCCAAUACACGGCUUCCCGCAAACACUACUCACGCUUCUCCUGAUUUACUUAACCCCAUACGUCCACUCUCUUUCCAAAAUUACCCAAUGUCCCCAAACUUCUCAGAACAAGGAAGACUUCAGUCACACGAAUACAACACGCAAAGCAGGCUGGACGAAUCUUUCAUAUUGGAUGGCAGCCUCGAUAACUUUUGCCUAGAUGACUUCAUGACCAAUUUUCAUGACUCGCAUGAGACGACAUACAGUGAGAUGAUGGCACAGUCCUCGUCAAGCUUCCCGAAGGACAUCCACAAUUAUAUUAUGUAGAAUAGUAGCGCAUAAUAAUGUUGGCAUGUACUGUACGCCUGUAAUUAUAUCGGAGUCCUCCAGUGGGUUCUCGACAUUCACCCUUUGCUAGCUUCCGUGGACAUUGCGCGCUUGUUACCAU